AUGGCGACUCUCACCAACGCCGGCGAUGGCCCUCUUCAGGUCCCUGGGUUUGGCUCAAUUCCCCUGACUUUUGAACUUCCCCCGGAGGCCCGGUUUGCCCAUGGGUUGGGGGAAUAUCGCCAUUCACCUAGGUUGACCAAGCGCGAGAUGGCUAUGCUCCGACUCAUGCAACAUAUCACGGAGCAGCUUGGGUGGGAUCGUACGGUACUGGAUUCGGAUGAGACCAAGCUUGCGCAGUGGUACCAGGAUGCUGUGGAAGGAACUGAAGGGUAUCUUAUCAGUACCGCUGCAUGGAAUUGGUGCCUCGCAGAGCUGCGUGAUAAAGCGGAGGCAUGGCAGGUAACGGGCCGUCUGUUGGUCUUUGAUAGCUCCUCAGCCGUUUGUCAAGCUGAUCUGCCAAUGAAACUGUCACUGGAAGAGAUCCAAAAGGAGGUAGCCCAACUGGGGCCACAGCAAGCCCACGGCUAUCCGCUUGUUGAUCCCUCUCUAUAUCCCCUGGUUUACGACCGGUCCCAUGUAUUAGUGCACGGCGGACAUGGCUCUCUGGAUAAUUUAUGGGGAAUAGCUAGAGAAGUCACCAAAGAACUGCCGGUAUAUCCGGUCGACCAAGCGGAAAGGUGGCCGGGGGCUGAUGCGUACUGGAUGCCUGGAAAGAUGGGAACGGAGAACUGCUGGUCGAAUCGCUUCCAAUGGCUUCCCUGCGAAGUGCAGUUCAGCUCAAUGAGUUCUCAGACGCCCAAUGACGGCCCCGAUGUUCGGAUUACCUCCUAUGUAAACAAUCUACAUCCAGACCACCAUACAAGACUGUACAAACACCUUGAACAUGUAAUCGCAGCUUCAGUUCCUUCUUGGAACGAGAUUCUGUUCUACGGCAACACCCGUGGCCGCCACCCGCCACGGAUUCUGACAUAUGGUUGCCAGAUCCACAACUACAUGGAAGAGCACAAGUUAUUCAAAGACCUGUUAUGGGCAUCCACCUGGGCUGACUUGUUUGAUACUUACGAAGAGUGGCAGGAGCUGUGUGCCGCUGCUCGCGAGUACAGCAUAGGCCCCGAGCCACCUAAAUGGAAGCAGGCGGAUUUUGGCUGGCCCACCAAGCUACUAGAAGAUAUGACACCAGAGCAGUGGGACAAUCCGGAACAUGUUCGAUGUCUCCUCGAGUCUAAGCGGAGGCGGAAGGCCUGGUUCGACCAUCCCGAGCCGGGCGUCUCAUUUUCGUAUGAGCAAUGGAAACAGGGUCAAUUUACAGGGCGUGCGAUACGCCCGCAGCGUUAUGGAAAAUUCCCGGAUCCCCUGAAUCAUGAUCAUACCGCGGUACGACUGGAGCACACCUUUAAGGAGGACGGCCUCCAGGUGGUGGUGGAGAUCAAUCGCAUCGAAUUAACACCGGAGGAUCCCGAGUAUCCCGGAGAUACUCAUUUCCACACAGAGGGGCUGCGAAAUGACCACAUUGUGGCCACCAGUCUUUACGCGGCGGAAGCCAACAAUGUAACUCAGGCCCGUGUGGCGUUCGAGCAUGAGGAUAAAGUCCACGCGAGCGAGCUCAACUGCGAAGAGGUCCCGGCAGCGCUAUCGACUGUCCUAGAUGUGGACUCCUGGGAAACACAUGAGCAGCCGCCUCCGCGGGCACUACAUACCUUUGGGUCAGUGCCGAUUACAGAGGGGCGUCUUCUGAGCUGGCCUAAUACUUAUCGGUCGAAGCAAGAGUCAUUUCGCUUAAGGGAUCCUAGUCAGCCCGGAAAUAUGACCCUUAUCAAGCUUCGUCUAGUGGAUCCGCACUAUCGUGUAUGUUCCACGCGCAAUGUACCUCCGCAGCAACAUGACUGGUGGGCUCCUGCAGCGCGGCAGGCAGCGGAUCUGGAUAACCGCUUGCCCCCAGAAUUGGUACUUUCUGUUAUGAAGCAGGUAGACUGGUGGCCUAUGUCUACAGUUGAAGCACAGCAUCUGCGUGAAGAGUUGCAUGGCGAUCAUGAGCGCGCGCGAACGGCCAUUGAUGAGUGUGUGGGGCACCAUUUUCUAAUAUUUCCUCCUUACAAUCCAUGGAGGGCCAGGCAGCUGGCAGAAGAACAUGAUGUUGUGUACGAGUCUCCUUAA